AUGCACGCUUGGCCAAGAUGCAUCGCCGUGGCAUCAGACGAGAAGAUAACCGAGCUCCUACGGACCUCACCAAAAGACUGCGACGAGUUUGGCCGAUCGGGCCUUUUUUACGCCGUUUAUAUGAGAAAAUUGUGGCUCAUUGAAAGCCUUAUUCCUUUGGAGGCAGGUACGCGAGAUGCUAAUGGGAUGACUGCGCUGAUGUUUGCUGCCUCCUCCGGCUUUCUCGACGCUGUUAAAGUCCUAGCCCCGGUUGAACACUCAAUUGCUGAUAAUCACGGCUACACGGCAUUGACAUAUGCUAUUUUUCAUCAGAAUUACCAGGCCGCGCAGAUAAUACUGAGCUGCCAGCAUGAGCCCCAUUCUAUUAGCGACAGACAGGACAUAAUUGAGUCCCUCAAUCAGUCCACAAGGGGCCAUACAAAUCCAUCCACUCAGCAGACACUUAGAUCUAAUACUAACGAGGCUCCCACCGUUAUAGAUAUGCUCACUGAGUCUACUUUAGAAGCCACCGUUGUCCAGCCUAAUCACGAGUUGGGGGAGCAUUCCCUGUCUACACCCAACAAUAGUGAAAAUACUCUUGAGUUCAGUAUGUCUAGUAGUCCUGCAGGAUCAGCUGAUCCCGCCACUCUAAUAAGCAUGUCGUCAUCGACAGAAACUAGCCAAGACAGUGGGUCUAGUGAAGCAGAGCAGGAAGAUGGCGUGUUAGAGCCUAGCCUACGCUAUACUUCUACAGCAAUCGGCCUUCCGCCAGCUUAUCCGGGCGCGCGGAGAGGGUCUACUGAAACACUUGAUCCACCACUUAUAUUGCAUGGCCAUGCUUUCUAUUCUCCACAUGUAGCAAACAGAUCAUUCUUGAGGUCUAAUGCCUUGUCUCCCAUUAAUGUCAUAAAUGGUUCAAAAUCCUUUUUAGAUUUUUCCGUCGCCCCUCUAUUGUUUUCUAAUACCUUAUUUAUAUCACCAGGAUGGAAAUUUGCGUGCAGCUCUACAGAUCUUUUCUCAUCAUUAAAAACCAAUAUGGUAGCGGAGAUAAUAUAUGCUCGUGGGACUGCUCCUCCAUUAAUUCCCAUAACAGAAAUAGCGGCAGGUCUUCAAAUGAGUCGCCUAAGUACUGCUUCUUGUUUUAAUAUUAUCUCUUUGCCGGAUAGUCGCCUUACAGUGAAAAAGUUUCUGAGCGACCAUGCCACGAAUUUCUCAACCCUCACUCCCUCAGAUAAAGAAGCGUCUCUCAAGUUUGCAUUUUCUUCUAUCUGCUUGGAAUCACGGAACAACGCUUCUUCAAGUCUGCCUUCACCACCUCCUGAAGAUCAGGACCCGGUUGAGACCGUGAGGAAGAUUUCCAAUCUCGACCUUUUUGGUAUACUGCCGGAGCUAUCUCUUUCCAACCUGAUUACCCUGGCUCAUGACAUCUUCUUCGGGAAUGAGCUCUCUUCGUUGACCCAGGACAAGUGUUUACAAUAUGCCACCGCUGUAGUACUUGGCCACUAUCCUGCACAUAGAGCCAACUAUUCCAGCGACCUCACCUAUUUUAUAAAGUCUGCUAUGUCUGUUUGCCCGCCCUAUCCGGACUCCAAGGCUAUACUUGAGAUCAUCAAGCCCGUUGUCAUGCAACCCCACAAGGACAAUCUAUCAGUUAUCACCUUUUUGGCUUCCAUUUGCGCAUGCUUCAAGGGACACAGACUGUUAUGGAACUAUGCCUUGCAGUACUUUUAUAGAACACUUGUUAAGUCUCACGAUAUUAAUAUACCCUUGAGCAGCCUCAUAAAACAAGAUACUGCAGGAUCUCGCCACAGAGCACGUGACCUAUUCGCUCUCCUCUUUGCCUCAACAAUGCCGCCCAGCGCGAAGUUGUCACAAGUUGCACUUCAUGCCCCGACAAUGGGGUUCCUAGAUAUUCUACGCCAGAUAUCCGAGCAUAAUAAGAUAGAAGAUAAGCAGAGCUGUCCAGAGCGCUUCUUCUUGAGUGAGGACUACUCUCGCUUGAUGCAGAGCAUAAUAAGCAACGCAGAUGAUGACGACGUGGCCUCAGCUCUCUAUGUCACAAUGCUGUUCAGGAAUGGCAAUCUUAGGGAUCUAAUCCUCAAUCAUCGAGGACGAGGCUUUCGAGACGCUAAGGGGCGCACACCAUAUAUGAUAGAGUCUCUUUGCGCGUCCAUUUCCAUGUAUGUGCGUGUUCAUAUUGAUUCCGAUGGUGAAAUCCGACAUAAUGGACUUGCUCCUAAAAGGAGCCUGAGAGACCUGUAUGGCCUCGUCAUUCCGUUUAGCGACUUAGUAGGCUUGUUUCUUAGCGCAAACAUUGCGUCGUUCUAUUGUCGUGUUCUGCUCAAGGCUGCAGUUGUCAAUUUACCGCUUCGUGUAGUUCAUUUUUUUGAGUUUUACUCCUCGCUUGACUUCGUUGCGUUCAACAGAACGUUAUCUGAUCGGUCCCUUAAUUACGAUCCGCUCCAGCUAGCUGAGGUUGAUUUUACUGCUGUGGAUUCAGAGGGUAUACAUACGCUGGGCUACAUGGUCCUGCAUGAAGACUGGCUUCUGAGACAAGAGACAGAUAAAAUAGAUAUGCUUAUAAGGUAUGAAGGCAACAACCCUCAUUAUCUCAACUGUCCCGAUAGAAAGGGUUGGACGAUGAUGAUGAGGCUUUCAGCUUUGAAGCACACCUUCCUAUAUGCAAAGCUCUUCAAUGCACUGAGCCCUAGGCUCCUCCGAUCUCAGGCGUCGCUUGGAGAGACUGCGCUGAUGGUUGCCGUGAAGGCAAACAAUCCGCUGGCUGUCACAUAUAUGCUGCUUAGCAAGGAAGGGAGGAUGCGAACAUCGCAAGGUAUGACAGCAUUGAUGUUUGCAUUGAGGAGAGGCAUCCCAUCUGCAGAUAUUAUUGGCUCGCUUCUGACUGAGGAGUGCGGCAUGCAAGACAACGAUGGUAACACUGCUCUUAUGCACCUUUGCCUGCUAGCUUGCUGUGAUAUAACCAGGGUUCUGCCUUCCAUAUUGCUUCAAGAACUAGUAUCAAAGGAGGGCUACUUGGUGAACAAUUACGGCAUGACUCCUCUGAUGUUUCUACUGCUCGGGUAUGCGCUCAAGGAGAAGUUUGCUAGCGCUAAUAUCCUUUGUCUACAGACCAACCCCCUUAGCCUCAGUACUCCUGAUAUUAUUGACGAGAGUGUCUUGUCUUCUGAGACAGAAAGCCAACCAAUGGCAACCAUGUCUCAGCAGGAUUUGCCUGGAGUGUACGAAGAGGGAUCUGAUGAACAGCUUCAUCACAGAACAAGACUGAUUCAGCAGCAAGACCGUACAAUUGGGAAUAGGUCGCACUUAAACCAAAGUAGCACAGCCUUCAAUAUCCUGCCCACAUAUACUGCUUCGCCUAAUUCACCGGAUCUUAUAUUUCUUAGGCAAAAUCUCGCUAAUUUUGUACACUCAUCUGAGCCAUCCAGCGAAUUGUUAAGCUCUUCCGACGAAUCGAUGUUUUCGGAUACAUCUGACAAUACAGAUCAAUCUGUAACCGAUGCUGCUCACCCAUUACUAAACUCAUCCAUAAAACACAUCUACAAUGAAAAUACACUCAUGUCCAGUUAUAUUGUGGAGAAGGAGCUUUCCCAGAAGAUCAUAGCCUUAGUAGGUCAGGACGGGUACACUGCCAUUUUGACUUGUCUCAGAGGAGAUUCCUUUGAGAAUUAUAAUACAGGACAACAGCUGCCGGGCCUUGCUGAUAUCUUCAUGAAAACACCAAUAGAACUAAAGCCGCUAUCCAUCGAGUUAUCAUUCUUCCACGACAUUCUGCAUAAGUCCGACAUGUAUGGAAAUAGGGCGCUUGAUUAUUGCAUGGAAAGUCAGUAUCUUAUCGACAUAGUUUUGAAUGUAGCUCUCUCAAUGAAAAUUCCAACGCAGUCCCUAAUGGCAGUACGCAAGGGGCUACAUAAAUUUAUUUCCAGAUGUUAUAAGAGUAUCAAUCUUCUGACACAAAGCAGCCAUAUUUCAUUGCAAGAGAAGCAGGAGAGAAGGGCACUUUGUUACGAGCUGUUCGAGGCAUUUUUUGCACAGUUUGAUGCUAUAGGUGAAUCGGCAGAGCCUAUAGGCUCACACAUAGAUUCUCGACAGAGACAGAUAAGAAAGCUUUGCCACAACUACCUGUACUCCAACCCUGACUUGAAUGGAUCAACAAACCCAGAUGGGGCUUGCGUCAUCUGCAUGUCGCGCGCCAAAGAGGUAUGUGUCGUUCCGUGUGGUCACAUGGUGUACUGUCGCAGGUGCUCGCGGGAAAUUGGAACUGAAAAUGAGAACGCUCAAUGCCCGCUAUGCAGAAGGAAUUCUACUGCAUUGAUAACGCCUAUUUUUCUAUUACGGAACCAGGUAUCUGAAGGCUUAGAUUUAAAAUUGCAAAAGAAAAAGUACAAAUGGCUUAUAGACGAAGAGGUCUAUGUCAUAGAUGAGGAUAGUAGUUGA